AUGGAUCCACAUAGUCCAAUUGUCCUUGAUCAAGGUACUGGUUUUGUCAAGAUCGGGCGUGCUGGUGAGAAUUUCCCAGAUUACACGUUCCCUUCUAUUGUCGGUAGGCCUAUUCUAAGAGCUGAAGAACGUGCGAAUAUUACUACUCCAUUAAAGGAUAUCAUGAUCGGUGACGAGGCUAGUGAAGUUCGUUCUUAUCUGCAAAUAUCAUACCCAAUGGAAAAUGGUAUCAUUAAGAACUGGACUGACAUGGAAUUGUUAUGGGAUUAUGCUUUUUUCGAACAAAUGAAAUUACCAACCACAUCUAACGGGAAGAUCCUAUUGACUGAACCACCAAUGAAUCCAACGAAAAAUAGAGAAAAGAUGUGUGAAGUUAUGUUUGAAAAAUAUGACUUUGGUGGUGUGUAUGUAGCAAUCCAAGCUGUCUUAGCACUAUAUGCCCAAGGUUUAUCAUCAGGUGUUGUUGUGGAUUCUGGUGAUGGUGUCACCCAUAUCGUCCCCGUUUAUGAAUCUGUUGUAUUGGGUCAUCUAACAAGAAGAUUAGAUGUAGCAGGUAGAGAUGUGACAAGACAUUUGAUUGAUUUAUUGUCUCGUCGUGGUUAUGCAUUCAAUAGAACAGCAGAUUUCGAAACUGUUCGCCAAAUAAAGGAGAAGCUAUGUUAUGUUUCAUAUGACUUAGAUCUGGAUACAAAGUUAGCAAGGGAAACUACGACAUUAGUGGAGAGCUAUGAGUUACCAGAUGGAAGAACUAUCAAGGUGGGUCAAGAAAGAUUUGAAGCUCCAGAAUGUUUAUUUCAACCAGGUCUUGUUGACGUUGAACAGCCGGGUAUGGGUGAACUUCUUUUCGACACAGUUCAAUCUGCUGACGUCGAUGUUAGAUCUGCACUAUACAAGGCCAUUGUCCUGUCUGGUGGUUCCAGUAUGUAUCCAGGUUUGCCAUCUAGAUUAGAGAAAGAAUUGAAACAACUGUGGUUCACAAGAGUUUUACGUAACGAUCCAACUAGAUUAGAUAAAUUCAAAGUCAGAAUUGAAGAUCCCCCAAGGAGAAAACAUAUGGUAUUUAUUGGUGGGGCAGUCCUCGCUAGCAUUAUGGCCGAUAAGGAUCACAUGUGGCUUUCUAAACAGGAAUGGCAGGAAAGUGGUGCUGCUUCAAUGGUGAAGUUUGGUCCAAGACAAUAG